AUGCGAGCCGCCGCGCUGGGGCUGGCGCUCCGGGCGCUCUGGGCGCUGGCCCUCUCCUCCCUCUCCAACACGCUGGCGGUGAACAACAGCGGGCGGUGGUGGGGCAUCAUCAACGUGGCCUCGUCCACCAACCUGCUGACGGACUCCAAGAACGUGCAGCUGGUGCUGGACCCCAGCCUGCAGCUGCUGAGCCGCAAGCAGCGCAAGCUGAUCCGCCAGAACCCCGGCAUCCUGCACAGCGUCAGCUCCGGCCUCCAGACCGCCAUCAAGGAGUGCAAGUGGCAGUUCCGCAACCGCCGCUGGAACUGCCCCACCUCGCAGGGCCCCAACAUCUUCGGCAAGAUCGUUAACCGGGGCUGCCGGGAGACGGCGUUCAUCUUCGCCAUCACCAGCGCCGGUGUCACGCACUCGGUGGCACGGUCCUGCUCGGAGGGUUCCAUCGAGUCCUGCACUUGUGACUACCGGCGCCGCGGGCCCGGGGGGCCCGACUGGCACUGGGGGGGCUGCAGCGACAACAUCGACUUCGGGCGCCUCUUUGGGAGGGAGUUUGUGGACUCCAGUGAGAAGGGCCGAGACCUGCGAUUCCUCAUGAACCUGCACAACAACGAGGCCGGGCGCAUGACGGUCUUCUCCGAGAUGCGCCAGGAGUGCAAGUGCCACGGCAUGUCGGGCUCCUGCACCGUGCGCACGUGCUGGAUGCGGCUGCCGACCUUCCGCGCCGUCGGCGACGUCCUGAAGGACCGCUUCGACGGCGCUUCCCGCGUCAUCUACGGCAACAAGGGCAGCAACCGGGCGUCACGCGUGGAGCUGCAUCACCUGGAGCCCGAGAACCCGGCCCACAAACCCCCCUCGCCCCACGACCUCGUCUACUUUGAGAAGUCGCCCAAUUUCUGCACCUACAGCGGGAAGACGGGGACGGCGGGGACAGCCGGGAGGUUCUGCAACAGCUCCUCGCCGGGGCUGGAUGGGUGCGAGCUGCUGUGCUGCGGGCGCGGGUACCGCACACGCACCCAGCGCGUCACCGAGCGCUGCAACUGCACCUUCCACUGGUGCUGUCACGUCAGCUGCCUCAACUGCACCAACACGCAGGUGCUGCACGAGUGCUUGUGA